GGCGCAUGCGCGGAAAUUUUGUGACGAUUCUUGAUUCAGUUGGUGCAUUAUUAUCUCGCUGUCGGUUGUGAGUUAAUAAUUCAGAUUUAAUAUCCGCAGUUAUCAGCCGUGUCGCUGAUAACUCGCUGACAAAACGGUCAACAGAAUGGCUCUUUCCAAACCUGAUUCAUCAGCAAGAUACUGGAGGUCAUCUGAUCAAUAUUUUAACAUUAAUAAAUGCACGUUUGGAGAACAGGCCAGAAACAAAAUAGACAAAGCAAAGCGUACACAACAAAGUGAUGUUAUUUUGCAGUGUGUCUGUGCUCUGUUGAAUUCUGGAGGUGGAGUUAUCUCAGCAGGGGUUGAAAAUGAGGACUACUGUUAUUGUACCAUGAGUCUUGGGCAGGACUUGGAGGAGCAUUUGCUCAAAUUACUGGAUGUUCCUGAGGAUUUCAUUGAAUUCGUUCAAUCUGGUAAUGCAUUACACAUGUAUGUGAAGUCUUGGUGUUCACAUGAUAACAGAGCAAGACUCUGUAGUGUUCACAGCGGCUUAAGGAAGAGAGCAGGGACAAAAACUCCCCUCAUACACCCGAGUGGGGUUCUGGACUUUAUAAAGAAGAAACGUCAGACUCUUUAUUUGGGUCCUCCUGCAAAAAGAACAAAAUGGAUACAUGGUGAUGAGAUUUACAAUAAAGCUCAAGAGUUCUAUGAAAAACGAGAGGCACGCCUUGGUCAGAUAUUAGAUUUUGGAGAAAGUGUAAAUGUUGAACUUAAAAGCUUUGCCCAUGAAAAAAAUCUGAAGACGAGACUUAAUGAGAAAGUUCCCAAAUACCUUUCAGCUUUUGGAAACACUAAAGGGGGGUUCCUAUUCAUCGGUGUUGAUGACAGAAGCAAAACAGUCAUUGGCUGUGGUCGGGGAAUGGAUGCCCAGACGAUGGAGCAGAUGAUCCAGGAAAUCUGUAACAGAGCACAGAGCCGGGCUUUUCAUUUCCUAAACUGUGCACGAAAAGAGGAAUGGUCUGUGGAUUACGAAGUUUUCGAAGUUAUGGAAAACAGUGGCGAGGAACCUCGAUAUAUUUUUGCAGUAAAAGUUCAAGCCUUCUGCUGUGCUGUUUUUGAGGACGAUCCAAAAUGCUGGCAUAUUGAGAAUGAUACACUCACUCAGCUAGACCCAGAAAGCUGGUUGAAGAAAAUGCAGGGCUGUGAUCCUGGUGAUCCGGAUGAUGAUUUGAGCAGCCGUUUUAACAAGGUCUUAAGUCUUAAAGACUCCCCACCUCAGUGCAGAGCUGUCUACAGCAUCAAAGACAUCGCAACACUCCAGGAAAGAGUGUUCUCUGUUCAGGGGGAAAGCCUUAACAUAAUGUGCAAGUACAUACCACAGGAGCUCCUUGUGAACUACCCAAAUUUGUUAACCUGCAUUCAGACAAAAAGUGGACCUGGAAUUUUAAUCAUGUCUACCAGCUGGGCCAUUGAUGUGAACUUACCACGAAACAAGUCUGUCAUCUGUGAAGCCCUGCUGAUCAGUACAGACUGCUACCCCACACUGUUCUGCUGGGCUGAAGGAGACAGUCCAGAACUCUGGCAGUACGUUAAUGACACUGCUUUCAGUCUGAAGCAGAAGUUGGUGAAUCUUGGCGGAUACACAGGAAGGCUUUGUGUGAUCCCUCGUCUGGUUAAUUGCCAGACAGGAGAAGUGAUCCAGAAUGAGACUGAUGGUGCUCCUCCUUAUCCAGACAGUUAUACUUUGAACCAUGUUACAGUACAGGCCUUACUACGGUCCUUAACUACAGUUGUGAUGAGCAUCUCUUCACCUCUGAGUGACACACUCGGCUGCGAGUUCUUCAACCUGUUAACUGAGGAGCAGUAUGAUAUCCUUCACAAGUACAAUGGCAUUAAACAUCUAUUCAUCCACGGGCCUCCUGGUUCAGGAAAGACCUUGAUUGCCAUGGAGAAAAUACGGAUGAUUAAAAAUUCAGACAACUGUGAGGAUACGGACAUCCUGUAUCUCUGUGAAAAUGUGGGAUUACGAGACUUUGUAAGGAAGCAGUCCAAGUGCUUAUGUGAGACAAGAGCCGGCUUCAUGAGGAGAAAUGAUGACAACUUCUUCAGGGUUAAGCACAUAAUUGUGGAUGAAGGACAAAACUUUCGACUGGAGCAUGGUGACUGGUACCAGAAGGCCAACAGCUUGGUACAGGAAAAUGAUGGAAUUUUCUGGAUCUUUGUGGACUACUUUCAGAGGAGUCACACGAGCAGUAGUGGUCUGCCACCUCUGAAUUCUCAAAGUAAGGCUUUCCUCUAUGAGGUUGUACGAAAUUCAGAGAAGGUAUUUGAUGCCAUGUUAGAUCUAAUUCACCAAAUUGCUGAAAAUUUAAAACCUGAAGAAACUGCACACUUCCAGGAUAUGGUGAAGAAUGUAACACUGAGCCACUCUUUCAGAGGACAGCUCAUCAGACGCACUAAUCUUCCAUCAGUGGAGACCAACGUAGUCACAAUAAUCAGAAAUCUUCUGAAGAGAGGGCACUCCGCCAAGGACAUUGCCGUCCUCUAUUCCACUUUAGAAGAGCUUGAUAACAGGGUGUACAGUGUUAAAAAACAGAUGUCCCUUGUCCAGUUUGGAAGUGUAGAGAACAUAGACGAGGACGUGGUUGUGCUGGACACCAUUCGUAGAUUUUCAGGCCUUGAAAGGAACAUUGUGAUUUUGGUGGACCCCUCUGUUCAUCCGGUUCAGAACGAAGUUGAAGUAAAUGUGCAUCUCAGUGCGUUCUCCAGAGCGAGAAUCAGACUGUAUGUGUUGCAGUCAAAGCGUUCAAAACUGACACCUAGAAUCCCUUGGUUAUGAUCAGGGCUGGGUAAUAAUACAGAAUAAUAUACAAAUACAAAAGUGUUUGGACACCAGUCCACACACACGGUACUAGAUUAAAUUUUAUAUAUGAAUAAAUGUAAAUAUAGUUCUGUUAAUAACACUGUUGAGAUUUAGAAUCUGUCAUUUUUUUUAGUUGUAUAGCACAGUUUUAUAGCACAGUACUAUUUUGUAACAGCAGGUAUGUAAUUUAGAACUUGGACACCCUGCUCUGUAACUUAACGUGAUUGGACACUUUUCUAGUAAUGUCCACUCACUCACGCACUUACUCACAGCUGAUGAUGGAAUAUGUAGGAUGGAAGGGUGUAGCGGUGCCAUCCUAUUACAGUGUACCACACUGUUCUGUGAGCUCUUUAUAACCUCCCAUUCUUUCACAUAGUGUGCAAAAGCUGAUAAGGAGCUUGUUUUCACUCAUCAUGGCAAUAGGACUGAUGAAACAUCUAAAUUUGAUGAUUAAUAAAGGAGAAAUCUAGUGUGAAAAUGGAUUUGGGAUGUAGUGAAACAUAAAAGUGACUUCACACUUUGUCAAAUUUUCCACCUGCAUUUACCUGCAGCAUUCAGAAAUAAAACACUUUUAGCUGAUGCUCCCAACAGGCUUACCAUGCUAGUGAUAGGAGCAACCCACUCAUUAGGAGUCCCCAUAUCACUAGUGAUUCCCCAACACCAGGAGGGUGAAGACUAGCGCAGCGACUCAUUUCUGAUAUAUCAGCUCACAGAUGCCUUGUGCUGAUCGACAUCACCCUAGGAGUGAUGUGGGGAUAGAGCACCAUCUACCCACCCAGAGAGAGCAAGGCCAAUUGUGCUCUCUCAGGGCUUCGGUAGCCAAUGGCAAACUACAUGAACAGAAAUCGCUAUUUUUACACCAUUAACAAGCACAAAGUAGCUUUACAAUUUAUUGGUAGAAAUGAGUAACGGAGAUUUGAAAGUGCACACGUAAUUGAUUAGAACACUGUUUAUACAUACAGUAUCUUGAGGUGUACGAAUUCCAGCUGUUGCUGGAAAUAUCUAUCUAAUAUUCCAGCAUUUCUAUAGAAUUAUUUUUUUCAAUCUGUUUCCCCAUCCUACCUAUUAUUGUGACUUCAUUUUAGGCUAAUUUGAACUUGUUAAUAAUGUAAAAGUAGAGAUAACUUUGCAUGGGUAAUGGUAUACCUCUAUCAAUAGAAUUAUAAACCUAUUGGGAGCAUCAGCUAAAAACACUGUAUUUCAGAAUGCUGGAGGUGAAUGUAGUUGGGAUAUUUGACUCGUUCUCAUGUUUCACUACAACCACAAGUUCUUUUUACACCAGAUUUCUCAUUCAAGGAGUGUCCGCCAAUACUUUUGUUUAGUUUUGUAAAACUCUAAUUUGCUUGGCUUGUCUUUGUUUACAAUUUGGUGUAACUUUCACAUGCAUGUAUCCAUAUGAAUGAGUAUCAGAGCUGAGCAAUAUGGUAAAAUAUUCUUUUUUUUUAAUUUAACAACAUUUUAAUGAAUAGUAGAUUCUUAAAGAGGUACUAAACCCUAAACCAUAUUUUCUCCUAUUAUUAGCUUAAAUUUUUUAUAAACAUUUCCUAACUUUGAAAAAACAUUUUAUUGUGUGCUUGUUGAAGCAUAUUGGCAAUAUGAUAAAAUAGUCAUAUUUCCCAGCUCUUGAGUAUCACAUCUGUAUUUGUCUAAGUGUCUCUGUACAUAGGAUCACAAGAUGUCUUAUCUCGUCAUUGUUGACACACUGAAGUUUGUAUUAACAAACCAGAACAUAUAUUUAACAUUUUAUUACAGUUAGUUUCACAUGUACAAAUCUAUUCUGUAACUAUUCUUUCAUAUCAAUCUGUAUGAUCAUUUACAAUAAAAAGCGGUGUUUGAAUCCCAA